UAACAGAGGGUGUGCAGUCAGCAAGAAUAGUUGAUUGCGGCGGGCAAGUGCAACGUUUUGCAAAAUAAUUAAACAUUUUCAGUUUUGCCUUCCAACAGUUUCAAUAGAGCACUCGCUACAUAAUGGCCUGCAAAGGAUGCGGAACUAACUGUCAGUGCUCGGCACAAAAGUGCGGCAACAAUUGUGCCUGCAACACGGACUGCAAGUGUGUGUGCAAAAAUGAACCCAAGGAGCAAUGUUGCAGCAGUAGCAAAUAAUCAGCAAUUUCUGGACUCUGACAGCAUGAAUGGAUCAAGCAGAAAUCGUUGUGGAAAAAAGAGAAUGAAAUAUGAAUUAAAUAUUUGCAUUUGACGUCGAGAGAAAUUGAUAAAUAAAUUCAAAAAGCAACCAAAAUGUUUUAGUAGUAAAGUUGACUUCUCCAUUUCGUAUUUAUGCUAAAAAUUGCCACAUUUCACAUCAGAGCAAAACAAAAUGUUUUAUGCUGGAAAAAUUCAAUUUUAUAGCCAGUUUGCAAUAGUUUUUUGAUUGCCUAUCAAAAUGGACGUGCUGUUUAGCCCAACAUUCUUUUGAAUAAUAAUUUGUUAAGCUUCCGAAAAUAAAAACUAAACGAGAAAUCAAAACAAGGCAACCUGCGGCGAUUGAAGGACAUGUCAUGCUUUCCUUUCGCACAUCCGCUUCCGUUUCCACUUGCUCAGUGACCAACAUGAAAAAUGAAUCAUUAGCAUAAUCAAAAUGUGCGUGUUUUGCGUUUGCUUCAGUUGCGUGUCUCAAGUAUUUUGCUAUCGUUUUGUUUUUUUGGGCUUUAAGCUUUCUCUUUUUUGACUAAAUCAGGUGUAAAUGAUUUGACUAAAUUGUGCGCAAGCUAAUCGAAUUAUUGCAUGCCUUUUACUUUGAAUUCAAUAUCAAAUAUCAUACAACAUUGCCUAGAGUGUCAACUUUCAAUUAAUGUUUCAAAAUAAAAUUAAUGCUGAAAUA